UAUAUCUUUCCCUUAGUUUUGUUGUCUUUUCUGAAGCAAGAUAAACAUGCUGCUUCACACAUAUAUCGCUUCUUAUUGAACAUCCCACACAAGCUCACAUGAUAUGCUCAACACACACAUUUUUUGAUGGCUCUAAGGACUUGAAAGUUGCUUUAACCAGAUUUUCCUCCACUAGCAAAUACAUCAACGAACGCAAGAGCAUGAGAUUUUUGCUUAUAAUAGCAACACAAAAUGUUUUAUGAGGGCCUCAUUUACUUUAUUCCUGCUACCUAACAUAGAAAAUAGUUGGUGUAUGUCCUUGUGUGACUAGCACUUUUUUCAUGAAAAUCAUCCUCAAAGGCACCAUUUAAGUUCAAGGUGCUGCCAUCAUUGGCUUGUGGCGCAAUCACAUAGUCUCCUUGUGGCCAAGGGAACUUGGUGACGGCAACAAGAUCAGAAACAUGAGGGGAAAACCAGCUUCAGGAAAAACCAUUUUGAUUCUGUGCACUGCAUGCUUUCUUGCCGGAACACUCUUCACAGGGCAAAUGUGGACACGCCCCUCCAACCAUGAAAAUGCAGUGGUGUCAGUAAGACAUGAUUGUGACCAUAAGCGAAAAUUGACUGAAGGAAGACCUGGUGAUGUAAUGGAGGAAGUCACAAAGACCCAUCAAGCUAUCAAGUCUCUGGAUAAGGCAGUUUCAACAUUGGAAAUGGAACUGACAGCAGCUAGGACAGGCCAAACUGGUGGGCAGCACUUGCGCCAGCAUGCUCCUAACCACAGUUUAAAGAAAGCUUUUGUGGUGAUUGGCAUCAACACAGCCUUCAGCAGCAAAAGCAGAAGAGACUCCAUCCGUGAAACAUGGUUACCUAAAGGAAAUCAACUGAAGGAACUAGAGAAAGAGAAGGGCAUUGUUGUAAGGUUCAUGAUCGGACAUAGCACCACGCCAGGCAGCAUUCUUGAUAAGGCAAUUGAUGCAGAAGAGGCAGAACACAAAGACUUCCUGAGGUUAGACCAUGUUGAGGGCUACCAUGAGCUAUCUGCCAAGACACGCCUCUAUUUCUCCACAGUUAUUUCUAUGUGGGAUGCUGAGUUCUAUGUUAAGGUUGACGAUGACAUCCAUCUAAAUCUAGGUGUGCUAGUGAGUACACUUGCCAAGUACCGAUCAAGACCCAGGGUUUAUAUUGGUUGCAUGAAAUCUGGUCCAGUUCUAUAUCAAAAAGGAGUGAAAUAUCAUGAGGCUGAGCACUGGAAGUUUGGAGAAGAAGGGAACAAGUAUUUCAGGCAUGCCACUGGACAACUAUAUGCCAUCUCCAAGGAUCUUGCUACCUAUAUAUCCAUCAAUUGGCCCAUACUACACAAAUAUGCAAAUGAAGAUGUGUCUUUGGGGUCAUGGUUAUUGGGCCUAGAAGUUGAACAUGUAGAUGAACGCUCUAUGUGUUGCGGAACACCUCCAGAUUGUGAUUGGAAGGCAAGGUCAGGAAAUAUGUGUGCGGCUUCUUUUGAUUGGUCAUGCAGUGGUAUCUGUAAAUCCGUGGAAAGAAUGAAGGACAUUCACAAAGCUUGUGGGGAGGGAGAUGGAGCUGUUUGGAAUGUUGAACUCUAAUACGCUUUCAACUUUUGCAUGAGAAGAGGAUUUGAAUAUUAACAAAAUUUGUCACCGGGUUUCAUCCGGAGACAUCAGCGUCUGUAGCUGUACUAGUAGCUUUUCAUUUUGUUAAGCUUUUCAAUUUUCAAUAUAGUUAUCCUCCUUUAAUAUUUUGAUAUUGAUAAAUUUGUCUAUUUCAAUCUAUUAAAAAUACAA